CCUGGCGUUGACCUUGACCCGGGCCCCGCCAACCACAGAUGGACACAAGGACGGUGCUGCUCGUCCUGCAAGCCUUGCUGGUGCUGCCCCUGGCUGAUGGCACUGCCCCCAUCCUGCGCUUUGUGGCUGUGGGUGACUGGGGCAGGGUCCCCAAUGCCCAGUUCUACACAGCCCGGGAAACGGCCAACGCCAAGGAGAUUGCCAGGAUGGCGAAGAUCCUAGGCACAGACUUCAUCCUGUCGCUGGGGGACAAUUUCUACUUCACCGGCGUGCAUGAUGCCUACGACAAGCGGUUCCAGGAGACCUUUGAGGAUGUGUUUUCUGACCCCUCCCUCCGCAAUGUGCCCUGGUACGUGCUGGCUGGCAACCAUGACCAUCUGGGCAACGUCUCGGCACAAAUCGCCUACUCCAGGAUCUCCAAGCACUGGGACUUCCCCAGCCCUUACUACCGCCUGCGCUUCAAGAUCCCACGGUCCAACGUGACCGUGGCCAUCUUCAUGCUGGACACCGUGACGCUGUGCGGCAACUCGGACGACUUCCUCAGCCAGCAGCCGCAGAGGCCCCGCGACCCACAGAUGGCCCGCACGCAUUAG